CAACGCACCGGAGAAGUGACUCCACGCACCAUGGAGCUGGCUGGAGCCAUCACCAUCUUCCUGGGCAUCUACGUGUCCUGCCUCCUCGUCAUCUCCGCCUGGAGGAAGCAGUCGCGCUACAAGAACCUGCCCCCCGGGCCCACUCCCCUCCCGCUGAUCGGGAACUUCCUGCAGAUGAAGGUGGGAGAAACCCUGAAAUCACUGGAGAAGCUGAGUGCGAAGUACGGCCCGGUGUUCACCGUCUAUUUCGGGUCCAAGCCCAUCGUGGUGCUGUGCGGGCACGAGGCGGUGAAGGAGGCGCUGGUGGACCAGGCCGAGGAGUUCAGCGGCAGAGCCCACAUGCCGACCGUCGAGAAGAUCUUCCACGGCUUUGGGGUGAUUUUUGCCAACGGGGAGCGGUGGCGGCAGCUGCGCCGGUUCUCCCUCACCGUCCUGCGGAACUUCGGCAUGGGGAAGAAAAGCAUCGAGCAGCGGAUCCAGGAGGAGGCCCAGUUCCUGCUGGAAACCUUUCGAAAUACAAAAGCGGAACCUUUUGAUCCGACCUUCUUCUUGAGCCGGGCCGUCUCCAACGUCAUCUGCUCCAUCGUCUUUGGCGACCGCUUUGACUACGAAGACAAAGAAUUCCUGUCCUUGCUGCAGAUGAUGAACGAAAGCUUUAGGGAGCUCAGCACCCCGUGGUCACAGUUCUAUGACAUGUAUGCGAGUUUCCUCAAAUACUUCCCUGGCCCUCACAUGAAGAUCUACUACAUAGUGGAAGACAUGAGGAAAUUUAUUGAGAGGAGAGUGAAGCAGAACCAAGCAACGCUGGAUGCCAGUUCCCCCCGGGAUUUUAUCGACUGCUUCCUGAUCCAAAUGGAAAAGGAAAAGCAAAACCCUUCCAGUGAAUUUAACACCAAGAACUUGGAGCUCACCACGCUCAGCUUGUUCUUCGCCGGCACGGAGACCGUCAGCUCCACCCUGAGAUACGGGUUCCUGCUCCUGAUGAAACACCCGGGGGUCCUAGGGAAGAUGCAUGAGGAGAUCGACCGGGUGAUCGGCCAGAGCCGUGUCCCGGCCAUCGAGGACCGGAGCCAGAUGCCCUACACCGAUGCCGUGAUCCACGAGAUCCAGCGGUUCAGCGACCUGAUCCCCAUGGACGUGCCCCACAUCGUGACCCGGGACACCCAGUUCAGAGGCUACACCAUCCCCCAGGGCACCGAGAUCUACCCCGUGCUCAGCACCGUCCUGCGCGACCCCAGCAAGUUCAAAACCCCCGAAAGCUUCAACCCCGGGAACUUCCUGGAGGAGACGGGGCGGUUCCGGAAAAACGACGCCUUCGUGCCCUUUUCCUCAGGGAAGCGGGUCUGCCUGGGCGAGGCGCUGGCCCGCAUGGAGCUCUUCCUCUUCUUCACCACCAUCCUGCAGAGCUUCACGCUGAAGCCCCUGGUGGCCCCGGAGGACAUCGACACCAGGCCACUGGAGAGCGGCUUUGCCAAAAUCCCCCCCUUCUACCAGCUCUGCGUGGUCCCUCGCUGACGGCGACAGACGGAGACAAGGCCCAGGCAGGGGCCCCCGUCUGGCUGAGAAACCACAGGUGCCAGGGGCACGAGCAACAUAUCAGGCCUGCUUCUCAGUUCCCCCGUCCCUGUGCUUGGUUUCAAGUAGCUUUAAACUCCUCUUACCUAUUAUGGACUCUGUGUGGCGCUGCUGUCAGUUACAGCAGCCUCGGGGCUGCUCUAACUCACGCUGGGGGACACAGAACAGCCCCCUGUGGGCCCUGGGGGGCAGAGAAUAACCACAGCACAGUGCUCUCUGGCUGCCCUCUGCACCCGGGGCUGGGAGCAGUGUGGUGGGAGCAGGGCCCUCACACCGGUAGAAGGCCCUUGUGCAAUGGGGGGGUGGGAUCUUCGGGGGCCUGGCUGGCACUGAUGUAACUGCAUUGCUCGGACUUACGUGAGUGAGAACAAAAGCCAGGGCCAGGGUCUCCUUCAGCCCAGGAGCAGGGAUCUCGUGGGCUGCGCAAUCCACAUGCAGGAGUGACGUCGCGAUACCAGCCUGCGCCCCGGUGCAGACAGCGCGAGGUGGAGGGACGAAUUCUUCCCUCCACCCAGCGAGGCCUCUCGGGGAGGGGGAUGAAAUCCGCCAACGGGAGCCCACCGCUGCCGUGUCUCCACCGAAGCCUUUCAAGCGGGCCUGGCCGGAACAGCUGGGCUGUCAGAACAGCUCCGGGGGUGAUUCGCCGCCGACAUAACCCAAACCCAUUAACCUGCUCCUGGCCCCGGGUGGGCUCAGGGAGGCAGCAGCCCUGUCAUGUGCUGGCCUUGCACUGGGGCUGGGAAGCAGGGAGCCCCGUCGUGCGCCCCCGGCUUGAGAUUUUAACGCGGUUUCCGCUUGACGCCUGCUGAGGCAGACGCUCCUGGCGGCACUCAACGGGACGUCCCCGCGAUGAGGCUCUCGGCCGUUACUGGAUGUUCUCCUGAAAACGUGCUGGGCUCAUAACGACGGUGAUGCUUCCUGCGUCCCCCGGGGAGGAAAGCUGACCCUGCGCUUCCUUAGUUCGUGUUCAUUCGGGGUUUGCUUGUAACUGCUUCAGCAUCCAGCUUAUUAAAGACCCUAAAACCCUGGUUGCAAAAGAAGGCUCGGAGAA